AUGAGUACCAGAUACGCGAACGAUCUGACGGUGGCAGAGCUGAAAGAGAGACUGAGAGAGUUGGGACUAUCCAGUUCCGGUACUAAGAGCGAGUUAAUAAAGCGUUUAGACGAAUCAGUUCCUUCCGGUGUUUGGACCGAGGAACAACCAGAGGAUCAGGCGACGGGGAACCUGGAAGAAGCCGGUAAUACAGGAGAGAAUGAGAGAGGUACCGGAAACGAGACAUCUUCAGGGCAUCACCCCAGAGACCCGCGCGUAAUCGAGAUGGAGCUGGAGAUCUUGAAACGCGAAAUCGAGAUGCUGAAGACUCAAUCGCGGGCAUCCGCUCGUGUAUCAGAUGCGCAUUACGCAUCGAAUACGGAGAUCAGGUCGACGCAACCUAGAGCAAACAUGAGUGCCAUAGCCGAGCUUCUCGCUACGUUCGACGGUACGACGGGCAAUUUUGACAUCUGGGAGAGUCAACUGAGAAUGCUGAGACGGACCUAA